CGGAGCAUGCUUGACCCUCUUGCCCGCGACCACCUCCUGAAGCUGUUCUGAGUCUCGCAGCCAUGGCGGCUCUAUUGUCAGGACUGCUCAGUCUCCGACACAACCGCCGUCUUGCCCGCAUCCCGCCCUACUUGUCAGCUCUGUGCAUCAUCAUCGGCGUCGCAUGGCUAUUGCUGCUUCCUCUUGACGAAUACUCACGCCGUACUUAUGUCUCCGAGAAUGCCAUCCUGCCCGGUCAGGUACACACCUACUUUGGAGGCAGCGAACACAAUGUCUUCCGCGCCUACAGACAGGAGAUCGCUACCAUGGAUGAACUCUCCACCGAGGACCGCUCGCAAAAGUUGUACCAAAUGCUCGGUGCCAAUGGCCUGAAGCCUGAUAUUCAAAACUACGCCUACUCCAUCUCUGGCCAGAACAAGACGGGCCAGAACGUCUACGCUUUGUUACAAGGUCCAAGAGCAGAUGCCACCGAAGCAAUGGUCAUGAUCGCUGCAUGGAGAAACAUGGAUGGCAAGAUCAACUACAGUGGUGUCGCUUUGCUGUUGACACUAGCAAGAUACUUCAAACGCUGGUCUAUUUGGUCAAAGGAUAUUAUUGUCUUGAUUCCCUCAGACAGCACCUACGGUCCACAUGCCUGGGUCGAUGCCUACCACGACACUCACGACACGACUGCUGUAGACGCUCUGAAGAUAAAGGCAGGUGCUCUCCAAGCCGCCAUCGCUAUUGACUACCCUGCUGGUCCAUGGGGUCACCGCUUUGAGAAGCUCCAUGUUGUCUACGAUGGCAUCAAUGGCCAAUUGCCCAACCUCGAUCUUGUCAAUACCGCUGUCAACAUCGCUCAGGGUCAACUUGGCAUUAGCUGUACUAUCCAGCGCAUGUGGAAUCACCAGGAUAGCUACCGCGAGCGUCUCGACACCAUGCUCAGGGGUAUGAUGAACCAAGCUGUAGGUCAUGCAAGCGGUCCUCAUAGUGUCUUCAUGCCUUACCAUAUUGAUGCUAUCACACUGCAAACCGUUGGCGAUGGUUGGCACGAUGAGAUUUCGCUCGGCAGGACUGUUGAGAGUCUUUUCCGCAGUGUGAACAACCUUCUCGAACAUUUGCAUCAGAGUUUCUUCUUCUACCUGCUAAUGCAAGCCAACCGCUUCGUUAGCAUUGGUACAUACUUGCCCAGCGCCAUGUUGAUCGCCGUCAAUUUCACCAUUACUUGCAUUCUGCUCUGGGUCCAAAGUGGCCAACCAAAACAGCAGACUCCUAGUCCGGCUUCGCCCAAGACCGAAAAGAAGCCUGAUAUGACACUGGUCAAGGAAGGAGAGAGUGUGGCUCUUGUACCUACUGCAGAUCUCGAAGUAGUUCAGAGAGAUUUGUUCAGUCCAUUGGCUAUUGUCCUUGGAGUUCACGCCUUGGGUCUUGUGCCUUUCUACGUGUUGAAUCAAAUCCCCGAGAAGACUUCACUCACAAUGCUUGCAGCUCUUAUGCUGCCUACUAUCACUAUGCCUGCCAUUCUCGCAUUUGCUCUCCGCAGCACUCUUCGUCUCUCGCCUCAGACUUUCACCCUCAUCCAAUGCUUUUCCCUGCUCCUGCUCGGCGCUGCUCUCUCUACUCUUGCAACUCUCAACUUCUCGCAAGCUUUGUUCGUAGGAUUACUCGCAUCCCCGUUGUCUUUCGUACGACCCUUUUCGCCGCCGCGAUCAUGGCCAAUCGCCGUAAAGGUGCUGCUGGGAGUGUUAUCUGUGGUUGUCAUGGUUGCGACAUCACCUCCAGCUGCACUGCAAGCUUUUGGCUUCGUGACAGGCAAGAGCUUUGACGAGGUGAUUGCGGCUGCAGCCUGGGCAUGGAGGGUGGAAAGAGUAUGGACUGGAGUUACGAUAUGGGUUCUUUGGUGGCCAGCCUGGGUAUGUGGAGGACUUGCAUUGUGCAGCGGCUUCAUCGCGUGAAAUCACCACAGAACUCUCCGACUUGCGAGUCGGAAGGGGAUCAUAAAAGUAUAGAUGUGCAAUUCCAAGCGUGUUUCUUCUUCAUCUGCCAAUAUG